AUGUUCUCUAAUCAUCAUAAAUUGGUUGUGCUUGGCGUUAUCGUACAUGUAAUUCUGCUCUACUCUAUAUUUGACAUCUAUUACACGUCGCCUUUGGUCCGAGGAACUCAGCCACAUCCAAUAACUAAAGGUGACGGUCCUGCAAAGAGACUUGUUAUUAUUUCUGCAGACGGAUUGCGAUCAGAUGUAUUUUUCCAGCAUCCAGAAAAGUCGCCGUUCUUGCACAGGAUUAUCAGGACCAAUACAGGGUGCUGGGGUAUAAGUGCAAGCCAUGUGCCAACUGAGUCUCGUCCAGGACAUGUUGCAUUGCUCGCUGGCUUUUACGAAGAUGUCAGUGCGGUUGCCCGCGGUUGGAAAUUGAAUCCUGUGCCAUUUGACAGUAUGAUCAACAGAUCUUAUGCUGCAUGGGCAUGGGGCAGUCCAGAUAUUGUACCAAUGUUUACAAAAAAUGUUAAGCAUGCUUCUGCAUUUGUUUAUCCGUCGCAUCUAGAAGACUUCUAUUCUUUGGACGCAGCAGAACUCGAUCGUUGGGUAUUUAAGAAAGUUGAGGAUUUCGUUCAAAACAUUCAGGAUCAAAGAAUUUUUUUGGAUAAAGCUGUAUUUUUUUUACAUCUUCUUGGCUUGGAUACAAACGGACAUGGAUAUAAGCCUCAUUCGGACAAGUACAUCGAUAACAUAAGGAUAGUGGAUGAGGGAUUGGAGAAAGUAGAACAUUUAUUUGAAGGUUUUUUCCGAGAUAACAGAACUGCCUACAUUUUCGUGUCGGAUCAUGGAAUGACAGACUGGGGUUCGCAUGGUGCAGGAACAGAUGCUGAGGUUCUAACUCCCUUUGUGUUCUGGGGAGCUGGUGUUAAAAAUCUUCCGAAAAAAAUGGCCAUCAACCAGGUUGAUACAACUCCACUUAUGGCCGCAUUAUUAGGAGUAGCAAUUCCUAUGAACAAUGUCGGAGUUUUGCCUCACGAAUGUUUGGAUGCAAACGCCAAGUACAUCUUUCAAUCAAGUUACGCAAAUUUUAAACAGGUGAUUUUUGUUUCUGAACAGAAGACUAGUGGCAUCGUCCCAAUAUUAAAUUUAUACGAAGCAGCUUUCCUUACUUGCUUGCACUGGAUUCCUUAUGCACGGGCUGGGUUACUUUACUUUCACCGUUACGAGCGUUCUACGCUUGGUUUUGCUACAACUCUCUCUUUUACUUUUUGGGCUAUAAUACUCUAUUUGUACAGUUUCCGGUUGGUUUUAUUAAUACUUUUUGAAGAUUUUGGAGUUUCCUCCAUAUUAUUUUUUCUUUCUUUACCGUUUUCCCACAGUCUAUACAUUCUUCUGCCUAUUUAUCUAGCAAGCGUUGCACUAAAUAUAAAUGAGUCUCUUGCUCCAAGUUCGUCUUGGAGGGACAGGAUAAAGAGUUUUUAUUAUGCAAACCAGGCGGCGCUGGACAGAGAAAUAUUGAGGAAAACUGUAGGACGUCUUGGAAUAUUCCUUUAUCGUUUUAGGCGAAAAGCAUGGUUUGUUCUCUGCCUAAUUCUAGCAACGUUUCCACAGCUCCCGGCAGUUGGGCAAAGUCCAUCUCCGUUACUUUGUAUUUCGUCUCCUGUUAUUAGUUGCAUCUGCCUUUUUUUCAUAUCUUCCAAGCCGUAUUUCUUGCUUAUAGCAAGAACUCUUCGGAUUUUAUCUGUUAUUCACUUUCUCGUUGCUGUCACGAUUGCCAUUACCGAGCUUUAUGGAGACCUUAGUAAGCCAAUCCUUUUACUUUUGCGUAUCUUCUGUUGGAUCUCUUUGCCCGCUUCAUUCGUUUUACCAUUAACGGCACCAAACUUGCUUAUUGGGCGUUUGAUCUGUUGGUUCUCGUCCCUCUAUAUUCCAUAUGCCUUACUAAGCCUUUCCUAUGAAUCAUUCUUUUUGCUCUUAUUCUACGGUCUGCUCAUUGUGUAUGUGAGAACAGACAUGAUCCAUGUUAGCGACGAAAGCUCCUUAACUCUUUGGGGCCGCUCAAUUUUAACAGCCAUAUUCAUUGAGAUCGGCUUUUUCGGGACAGGGAAUGUUGCUUCUCUAAACAGUUUCAACCCAUCCUUUUUGCGCUGUUUCUUGAGCGUGUUCUCACCGUUCGUUAUGACUGCUCUCCUAAUAUUUAAAGUCACUCUUCCGUUCUUGGCGAUCAGCUUUGCGCUGACGGUUGUUUUACAUGCUCAAAAAGCUAGUCCUGUUAGGCUGUCGAUAAUUCUACUUAUUAUUACCGACGCCAUGGCGGUGGUAUUUUUUUUCCGGCUAGUAGACGACGGCAGCUGGCUUGAGAUAGGAAUGAGUAUUAGCCAUUACGUGAUAAGCAUGCUUACGUCGGUGGUUGUUUUCCUCCUCUUGCAGUGCGCCCAGUACCUGCUAUUCUCUUCAUUGUGCCGUCCAUUGAAAAAACAUGAUUUACCUCAGUUCCCAGGCUGA